UGAAGCGAACCACUCAAUGCCCAAGCCUCUGAAGCUAUGGUGCUUAUCACAGCGACGACGUCGUUCCUGCCCCCAUUCCUUUCACUCAAACCGUUGCCUCCAAAAUCUCCACUCCAUCUUCUCAAAUUGCUCAACAGAAGAAAGCUUCACCUUCACCACGCUGACAAUUCCACCCGUUGCUUUUCCCCGGCCGUUAUCAAAGCCAAACGCGGCGUUUCGGGAACCCAAUUGUGCUUUUCUGCUCGCCGGAAAUCUCUACUCUCUUCUGAAGAGGGUGAAGACGAUCUCAGAAGAGUGCUUCAAAUUACGCUUUGGGUUGCAGAAGGUGUCUAUAUUUUAUGGCUCUUCCUGCUUCCUUAUGCCCCUGGAGAUCCUGUAUGGGCCAUAAGUUCUGACACAUUGAACUCUCUUGUGGGUCUUUCUCUAAAUUUCUUUUUCAUAUUGCCUUUCAUGAACUUUGUUGGAAUUCGUCUGAUUGAUGCGCCAGUUCUUCAUCCUAUGUCCGAAGGACUCUUCAAUUUUGUGAUUGGUUGGACGUUUAUGUUUGGCCCAUUGCUGUUCACAGAUCAAAAGAAAGAUAGAUAUAAAGGGUCUCUAGAUGUCCUCUAUGGCUGGCAAAUGUUCCUGACAAACACAUUUCUGAUCCCAUACAUGGCUAUCCGCUUGAAUGAUCCUGUUGAUGAGACUGCUCCAAGAAAACUUUCACAAUUUGAGUCAGUGAUGACAAAUGGUGCUCCAAUUGUUGGAGUGAUUGGUGGGUGUGUAUGUCUUGUAUCACUAUUGUGGGCUCUUUAUGGGCGAAUGGAUGCAAAUUUUGGGGGCAUAGCAGAUAGAUGGGACUACUUGGUGGGUUAUCUUGGAUCAGAAAGGCUGGCUUAUGCCUUCAUAUGGGACAUAUGUCUUUACAUGAUUUUCCAGCCUUGGUUGAUUGGUGACAACCUCCAGAAUGUCCAAGAAAACAAGGUUGCUGUAGUAAAGUAUCUUAGGUAUGUUCCCGUGAUUGGCUUAAUAGCUUAUCUUUUAUGCUUGGAGCCCAAAGAGGCAUGAUUACUGUGCUAGCUAGCACUUAAAAUAACUAAGUUAAAAAUAAUCUCUUGCACAUUUUGAAAAUAUGAUUUUUUGAAUUUAAAUUAGAAUUCAAUUUGAUGAAGGUUAGGAUUGAUUACC